AUGGAGGCUGCAGGAAUUGCCUUAGCACUUCUGCCACUUCUCAUCAAUCAGCUCGAUAACUAUGUCCAGGGCCUUGAGGUCAUCAAGAGCGUCGGAGCCAAGCGUUACCGCAGGGAACUUGAAGGCUAUUCAUCAAGCCUUGGAACCCAACAAGCCAUCUUCGUCAAUACCCUGGAGCAGGCCCUCGAUGGAGUGGUCGAAUACGAAGGUGGGCUGGACGAACUGAGAAAUAACCCUCUCAGGAAUUUGUGGAAAAGACCGAAUCUACAAGCGAGUCUUCAUGAAAAGUUAGGAAGGGACUUCUACCCCUUCAACCAGAGUAUGUUAGAGAUUGCGACUCUAUUAAAGGAAUUGUCUCGAAAAUUAGGACUGGACAAGAAUGUUGCGGUGAAUUAUCGAGUCGACCAGUCUGCUAUCAAAAGGGAGGUCAAAAAGUUCAAAGACAUUUUCUCGAAAAGCAUCUACCUCGAUCUCUUCGCUCGUAUUGACGUAGCCAACAAAACCCUGAAUACCUUAGUGGAGCAGUCCGAUUAUCGAAGCACAAUACAAGAACGGAGAAUAUCAAAACGACCCCUAUUGCGCCAGAAAAGAGCACAAAAACUAGCUCGCAGUCUGCAUAAUGCAAUAAUACGGGGCAAAUAUUGGAAAUGUGCUUGUCUGGAUCAACACUCAAUCCAUUUUAUUCUUGGUUAUCCGCCAGAGGACAUAAAUGAUACCAAAGAGUCCUCUCGCGGCCCUGGAUUUCGAAUGAUAUUCCCUUCCAGCAGCGCCAUAGAUCUUGCCAAGGAAUGGUGCGAGAUUGAGGCCGAAUCGGAUACUAUUCAGUCGAGCGUGGAUCCUUUGGGCAGUCAAGAGAAAGUUCUCUCCCCUAAAAGGAAGGCCAAAGUACAGUUUGCGUUUGAUGAAUCAGCUAGAGAUAAGCCAUCCAUGACGUCUGAUAUGUCUUCGGUGCCUCCGAUUGUAGACAUCUGCUCAACGCUGUCUACCAUGGGGAGCCACGGCGAGACAAAUGAACCUAUUGGGUUUAUCUCUGAUGAAAACCACCGCCACAAUAUGUAUUAUGUGCGGAAGCUGGCCGGAAGUCUGAGAUCGCAAUCACUCUCUGAGCUCAUCGCGGCUUCAAGUGAUAUAUUCAAAGCGCCUAGUGGCAGCUUUCAUUUCACAUGGGGCUACCGUCUCCGCGGUGCAGUUAAUCUCGCCUGCAGCGUGCUCCAAUUUCACGGAAGUUGGCUGAAAAGCCAGUAG